CUUGUUUGCGGAGGCUGAGCUAGCGAGGGUAGAUGGUUUUGGUCUCAGAGCAAGAAGGUGGAACUUGUCUUGGUGAGGGCAGAAGAAGGGGUGAAGAGGGUGGCGACUGUUUUGCAGGUGCAAGAUCCUAGUGCAUGGCCUUGGAGCCAGUGGUUACACAGAGAAUGGGGCCAGAGAGAAUCUGUCCAAAUGAGCAUGAAGAGCUGGGGCUGCAAGAGACACCUGAUGAAACCCCUGAACCUGCUGGGGAGUGGAGUAGUGAAGAACCUGAAGAGGAGGAAGAAGAUGGUAGCAAUGGCUACUUGUACCAGCCACUGAACCAAGAUCCGGAUCAGGGAACAACAGCAGUUGAAGGAACAGAACCCAGCACAGAGCCAAUCCCCGAUAUCAAUGAGCGACUUCAGGCAAUGAGACUGCACCUGCCUGACCCUCCUGUGGACAGCGAUGAUGAUGAUGAGGGAUCUGCAGCUCAACACAGUCGCAGCUCUAUCCCUAUGGAUCCAGAACAUGUGGAGUUGGUGAAAAAGACUAUGGCUGGAAUCAAGCUCCCCAUACUGGGAAUCCCUGCAUGGGCCAAUGAGAUCUCGGAUGACCAAUGGCAGGAUAUGGUGCAGCGAACACUGCAAGCCCGGCAGAAUCAGAGUAGCCCUAAGCCAGAAUGGAAAUGAAGAUUGGCUCUUCAGUGUCCCUGCCUACAAAAGAACCUGCUAAACGUGAAGUGCUGCAUUUUAAACUAUCAUCUCUGAACUGGUUGGGUAGAUAUUUAUCUUUCACCAGCACUGAAGCUCCAUGUUCACCUUGUCACAAUCAAAACAUGGCCCAGUUCUUUGUGAUGCCCAGUCAUACCUGAGUGGUUGUGAUAGUGAUAUCAAACUGUUUUCCUAAACAUGGGGGGGGGAAUCCUUUCAAAGAAAUAACCAGCCUGUGAAAUGGCCCUUUGGACAUGCAUGUUCCAGCCUUGUCAUUUCCUCUUCUCCACUCCCCCCUCCUUUCCAUGCGACACAUGGGCUAAAGAGCUAAACAUGGCCACAAGGUGGAGUCCAACAGUGUCAUCUUUUCAAGAGAUCCAUUUUAUUUAGUUCUGUACAUACAGGGACAUCUGUACAAAAUCCAACACUGUCAUACUAUGUAAUACUCUACUGAAAAUAAAGUACACCAUAUGUACAUAA